UCCUGAUAUAUUUUAAAACAUAGCAUUUUUAUUACGAAAUGCAUGCUCUCUGUUCACACUACAGUUUUAAGUAGUUUUCCAAAAGUUCCUGGUUCAGACUGAAAGUUUUGAGUCUAUUAACAUCCAGGAUUUAUAUGAUUGCACACAUUUAACAGUUUGACCUUUGAUUGAUUGAUGUAAUUUCUUGUGUUUGGAAUUUUCUUAAAAUCAAUGAGCAUGUCCUUUGUUUUGGCUGCAAUUGAAGGUGAGAUGCCCCUGUAGUGAAAUUUUUCUUCCACGCAACAGACCAGGAGACUUUGAGGAAUUUUUUACGCAGUUCUUUAUUUCGUCGCUGUAGCCUUCUCAAAAAUAGUCUAACAAAAUGAAAUACAGAACUAUUCUUAUACAUUUCAAAAGGGGGUGGGUUCCAUAGAGGUAGAGACACUGAAACAAAGCAAAUGGAAAUGAAGGUGACCCUAGAACUCCAGGGGAAAUGGUCUCAGAAAUUAGCAAAGCUGGUGUUCAAACUUACUUAGAAGGAGUUUUCACACUCUGCAUUCGAUAAUCGUCACCACGGUCUACAGUACCAGCGAUGUCGUUAGUUUCCACUGGCUCUCCACCUCAUAUCCUUCGGUCAUCCCCUAGUUUUUGUCAGACUGAUUUGCAGGAAUAUAAUAUGAAGAUUGUACAAAGUUACAUUUACCUUUAACAACACAACAAGAAAUGGGAAUACAACAUGGGCUGCCAGCUCACUGUUUGGGUUGAAUGGAUUACAUGUUUGUGUUAGAUGAUUAAUUUUUGAAUAUCAAACACCUUCCAGUCCACAUUAUAAUGUGUACAGUGUUUUCAAAUAUAUUCACUUGGGAGAGUGAUUUUAAAAAGCUGGUCACAAAUGGUCUCUUUGUGUAGACAGAAGGCCAAAAUGCAGAUAAAAUGUGCAUUUUCAAAUUUAAUGUGGACAUAGCUUUAGAUAGUACUAAAUUUAUGUAUUCAGUCUAAUUUGCUAUUUAGCCAGUCUGUCAUCCAGCCGAUCGGUCAAGACUACCAUAGGCUUUGGGACUAGAGUUUGUAUUCACACUCUAUGGUUAACUCAGGGUGGCAAGUGCAAGUUCAGAAGGACUGGCUAAUCUUUGUGCAUCCCUAGUGAGCAGAAUCCCAAACAAGACUCUAAACCUAUUACCUAAUUUUCAGCAUUUGUUUGCCGUAGAGCUUGCAGGCUAAACAAACACUCAAACAUCCCCUGAACAAAUCAAACCUGCUAUCAUCCCUUUUCCAAUGGGUGCCUGAUUAGUAAAACUACUAUUAACCAGCAAAUGAAGUAGUUCAAUAAAGUUAAGUAGGCUGAAGAUUAAAAUAACAAUGCACACCAAGAACUUAUUUUAUUGAUGAAUUUGAAGAGAACAAGCAUUUGAUACACUGCCGAUUUUGCAGGUUUUUCCACUUACAAAGCAUGUAGAAGUCGGUCAUUUUUAUCAUAGGUACUCUUCAACUGUGAGUGACAGAAUCUAAAACAAAAAAUCCUGAAAAUCACAUUGUAUAAUUUAAAGUAAUUAAUUUGCAUUUCAUUGCAUGACAUAAGUAUUUGAGACAUCAGAAAAGCAGACAUAAAUAUUUGGUACAGAAACCUUUGUUUGCAAUUACAGAGAUCAUUCGUUUCCUGUAGUUCUUUACCAGCACAAACUGCAGUGGUUUUGGCCCACUUCUCCAUACAGACCUUCACGUUUUGGGGCUGUCUCUGGGCAAUUCGGACUUUCAGCUCCCUCCAAACAUUACCUAUUGGGUUCAGGUCUGGAGAAUGGCUAGGCCACUCCAGGACCUCGAAAUGCUUCUUACCGAGCCACUCCUUAGUAGCCCUGGCUGUGUGUUUUGGGUUGGUGUCAAUGCUGGAAGACCCAGCCACGACCCAUCUUCAAAUCUCUAACUGAGGGAAGGAGGUUGUUGACCAAGAUCUCAGGAUACAUGGCCCCAUCCAUCCUCCCCUCAAUAUGGUCCAGUCUGCCCUUUGCAGAAAAGCUUCCCCAAAGAAUGAUGUUUCCACCUCCAUGCUUCACGGUUGGGAUGGUUCUUGGGGUUUUACUAAUCCUUCUUCCUCCAAAUACGGCGAGUGGAGUUUAGACCAAAAAGCUGUAUUUUUGUCUCAUCAGACCACAUGGCCGUCUCCAUUGCUCCUCUGGAUAAUCCAGAUGGUGAUUGGCAAACUUUAGAUGGGCCUGGACGAGAAGUUGUGUUGCAUGCUCAGUUUGAAAAGGCCUGAUCUUCCUGAUGUUGUGCAUAACAAACCUGCAUGAUCGAACUGUCUUUGUAAUGUGGUCUGUGAAGGUCAGCUGAUCAUCAAAGAUUACUCUAAGAUUUCUGACUGACCUUGAUGGGGUAAUUGAGGAAGAAUCUAGCUGGAUAGUGAAGUCGUGCUGUAGAGAUGAAUUGGCAGGCAAGAUGAGAAGCUCAGUCUUAGCCAGGUUGAGCUGCAGGUGAUAUUCCUUCAUCCAUGCCGAGAUGUCUACCAGACAGCUUGUGAUCCAUACAGCUAGUGUGGGAUCAUCUGGUUGAAAUGAGAGGUAGAGCUUGUAAAUGAUUGUUAAUUUGCUUGAAUUUUUAAGUCUGUAAUGAUUUAUUUGUAUAGCUAUUUUGAUACAGCCUUAAUGUGUGUUUUCGAAAACCCUAGUUUUCACAGUCAACGGGAAAACAGUGUUUUCAAUUUUUCAUCCGCUUAGGAGAGCUUCUUUAAAAAACACACUGUCUCAGUGUGGACGUAAAGCAAAAAUUGUGUGGGCGUAGCUUCUAAGCUACGUUUUGAUUUUAGGAUUUCAAAAUGCAAAUCAAGCAGGUUUGUGGUUUAGACAUAGGCACCUUAAGCCGUUUUUAUAGACCCAAACUUUAUAUAUUCGGCAUGUCGUUUUGUGCAGAGAAACUGUUAAAACAAAGUGGUACCUCAUUCAAAAAAUGGUGCCGCAAAGAGUGGUAUAAAGAACAGUGAUGAAUUUCUUUGAACGGCUGUGUGAUACAAUUAUUUUUCUGUGAAAUAGUAACAUUUUCAACUUUUUGGAAAGAGAAGAAAACAUUUAAAAUCAAUCAUUAGGUUGAACUGAACUGUGUUUGGUCUUGAACAGGAUCAUGACAUAAGACAGCGUAUUAUCAGAUGAGUAUGCUAUGCUUGGUCAGAGGGCCACUUAGAAUCUUUCUAAUCCUUCCAACUAAUCUGAGCAGGAGGUGAUAGAUAUCAUAUUAAAAAAGAAGGUUUAACAGGAGGUAAGGUCAUAACUUUUUUUAAGAAGGUAGACAAAUCUCCUUAUUGGCCACUGGAAAGCCCUCCUCAUAGCCAAAUGUUUCACCUGGGAAAAGUAUAUAAGGACGCAGAUGAGUGUUGUAGCUUAACUUGUCAUACUGGACUCUUCUGGUUCAAGUUUAAACUUGAGGAUCAAGUUUGAGGAUGAAUGGCACAGAGGGUGAUAGUUUUUACAUCCCAAUGUCCAAUAGGACUGGGCUCGUCAGGAAUCCUUUUGAGUACACCCAGUACUAUUUAGCAGAACCAUGGAAAUUCAAGGCUUUGGGUUUCUACAUGUUUUUACUGAUCAUUUUCGGUUUACCUAUCAACGGGCUCACAUUGCUGGUUACAGCUCAACACAAGAAACUCAGACAGCCGCUCAACUACAUUUUGGUCAACUUGGCUCUUGCCGGCACAAUUAUGGGCCUUUUUGGAUUCACGGUUUCUUUCUACUCCUCAUGCGUUGGCUAUAUGGCAGUCGGGCCCAUUGGUUGCAUGGUAGAGGGAUUUUUUGCAACUCUUGGCGGUCAAGUCUCUCUUUGGUCUCUGGUGGUGCUCGCUGUUGAGAGGUACAUUGUUGUGUGUAAGCCAAUGGGAAGCUUCAAGUUUUCUUCAAACCACGCUUUGGCGGGCAUUAUUUUCACAUGGAUCAUGGCCAGCAGUUGUGCUGUGCCCCCACUUUUAGGCUGGUCCAGAUAUAUCCCUGAAGGUAUCCAGACAUCAUGUGGACCAGAUUACUACACCCUUAAUCCAUUGUACAAUAAUGAAUCAUAUCUCAUCUACAUGUUCACUUGCCAUUUUUGUAUACCUGUCACUACAAUCUUCUUCAGCUAUGGAAGUCUUGUCUGCACGGUCAAAGCUGCCGCAGCUCAACAGCAGGACUCAGCGUCCACCCAGAAAGCUGAGAAGGAAGUGACACGUAUGGUCAUCAUGAUGGUUUUAGGCUUCUUGGUUGCUUGGGUUCCCUAUGCUAGCUUUGCUGGCUGGAUCUUUUUAAACCGAGGCGCUGCCUUCUCGGCACAAGGCUUUGCAAUUCCUUCCUUUUUUUCCAAAAGCUCUGCAUUGUUUAAUCCCAUCAUAUACGUGCUGCUCAACAAACAGUUCCGUAGCUGCAUGUUAACCACCCUCUUUUGUGGAAAGAAUCCUCUUGGAGAUGAGGAGUCUUCAACCGUGUCCACCAGUAAAACAGAAGUGUCCUCAGUUUCUCCAGCAUAAACGCGCCUCUCUGCCUCUGCAAAAAGUCCUGCUGAAACAAUGAAGAUUGGUCUUGUCAAGUUGUAUUUAUGAAGCAUGUGGAUAUUUAUCUGUUCGUUCUCUUCAAUGAUUUCAAACUUAAACUCACCAACUCUGCUCAUCAUUGUUGGAAUCAACGGCUUGGUUGGAUUAUUUUUCCCCAUCUUAACAAAAAAAAAAAAA